AUGAAACUAGAUGCAUCGGGAGAACAAUGGAAAUUGCAAUUGAAUGAACUUGAGGAGAUACGGAAUGAAGCUUAUAAAAGUUCACGCAUUUAUAAGGAUAAAGCAAAGGCCUUCUAUGAUAGAAUAAUCCAACGAAAGCACUUUGAAGCUAGAGAAAAAGUUCUUCUAUUCCAUUUACGUCUUAAAAUUUUACCUGGUAGGUUACGUUCUUGUUGGAGCCGUCGUUUUGUGAUUACUAAUGUUUUUUCCAAUAGUGCAGUGGAAAUUAAGAGCAUGAAGACUGGGAAGGACUUCAAGGUCAAUGGCCAUCGUCUAAAGCCAUACUGCGAGCCAUUCAUGGAACAAUUGGAUGAAGUACCUCUCCAUAAACCAACGGACAUCGACGGCUAA